GGACAGCAGCGCUCGGCAGCCUCCACACCGCUCCUCAGGAGUCUUACGGCGCCGUCAGAGCCGACAUGGGGCGGAAAGAGAUCGUCUGCAGCUGGAAGAAAAGCACCAACAACAUCAAGGAUGUGUUCGACUUCAAGGGGAAGAUGGGCUCCGGCUCUUUUUCAGAAGUGUAUAUGGUGAGAGAGAAGAAAACGGGGAAGCUGUACGCCCUGAAAUGUCUGAAGAAGAAGCACCUCACUCACAGCAACCUGGAGAACGAGAUCAAUGUUCUGAAAAGGAUAAAGCACGACAACGUGGUGGGCCUGGAGGACUUCUAUGAGAGCAGAACUCACUACUACCUGGUCAUGCAGCUGGUUUCAGGAGGGGAGCUGUUUGAUCGCAUUCUAGAUAAAGGAGUUUACACAGAGAAAGACGCCAGUAAAGUGAUCAAGCAGGUGCUGCAGGCCGUCAGCUACCUGCACGAAAACAGCAUCGUGCACAGAGACCUGAAGCCAGAGAACCUCCUGUACUACAACACAGACGAGAACGCCAAGAUCAUGGUGAGCGACUUCGGCUUGUCCAAGACGCUGGAGCACGGCGUGAUGUCCACGGCGUGCGGCACUCCAGGAUACGUUGCUCCGGAGGUUUUGGCUCAGAAGCCGUACAGCAAGGCGGUGGACUGCUGGUCCAUCGGAGUCAUCACCUACAUCCUGCUGAGCGGCUACCCUCCGUUCUUCGAGGAAAACGAGACGCGCCUGUUUUCAAAGAUCAUGAGAGCCGACUACGCCUUCCACUCCCCCUUCUGGGACGACAUCUCGGAGUCCGCCAAAGACUUCAUCAGGAGCAUGAUGGAGAAGAACCCCACCAAGCGCUUCACCACCGAGCAGGCGCUCCGACACCCGUGGAUCGCCGGCGACUCGGCUAAAGACCUGGACAUUUACCAGUCUGUGUGUGAGCAGAUGGAGAAGAACUUCGCCAAGUCCAGGUGGAGGCAAGCGCUGCACGCCACCUCCGCCAUCAACCACAUGAAGAAGCUGCAGCUGUCGCACUGCGAGUCCCCCCCCUCCCCCGACGCCGACGCCGCGGCGCCCGACGCCGCCCACCCCCUGGACCCCAACGGGAACCCGGUGCUGCGCUGCCCCGGGCCCGAGGACGGCCAGGCUGUGUGUCCGCCGCUGAGGGCCAGCCACAGCGAGCCGGGGGACGUCCACACCUUCCACUCCGACAGCGACGCCCCCUACAGGCCGUCCAGCAGCGUGAACGGCGUCGGGCAGAGGGACCAGCCUCUGCAGUCUGGAGUGUGUUCCCUCAUGUGAUUGGCUGCUGGGCCGCCGGACCUGACCCCCAUGCAGGUGAAGGG